AUGAAAUCAAAAACUCCCUCCUCGGAUUCCCUUCCAUCCAAUCUUCAGAAAGAUGGAGAAUCAUCUCAAAAAAAGAUCUUUGGUAAUUGCAUUGAUAUCAUUUCGGUGAGAAAAACGUUUGACCAGAAUUCUAUUCCGAUGAAUCAUCCUCCUUCUCAACAACAACAACAACAAUCGAGUGUUCGAUGUACUCCUUUCUUUGUGAGAUUUCCUAAAAAACCAAAAAUCAAUCAAAUGGUUCAAGUGUUUGUGAAAUCUUUUAAUCCACAACAUGACAUGACUGCAGAAAUGUAUUGGAAAUCCACUCAGGAAAAUCCUAAAUUGCAGAAUGAAGAAGUUUUGAUUGCUACGAUGGCUCUUGAAGCCGGUUUUCAAAUUCCAUUUUUUGAUCGUUCGUUGUUUUCACAAAAGAAAGUUGCUGAUUUGUUGAUGGGAAUGGAUGAAGAAGAGAAUGGAGACGUAUCCAAGGUGACAACUGACAGCACGACUGAGGGUGGUGACACUAAAGAUUCCAUUACAAAACAACAAGAAUCGAUUUCUUUAUUGGAACAUGAGAUUGCAGAACAUGUUGAAGAAUAUGAAUUGAAUGAACAUAAAGAACAUGUCGACGCUUCCAAAGUUGAUGUGUCAGCUGUCAUUGAAAAUAUUAAGGAAGAAUAUGGAUUGAAUCAGUCGAGUCAUUCAUUGACAUCUUCAUCCUCUUCAUCAAUGACUUCUCUUCAUUCAAGUGUCAAUUCUGAAGAAUUUGAAUUAUUUAAUUAUGCUUCUGAAAGUGAAAUGGAAGAAUUUUACAAACGUUACAAUUCCCUCAAAACACCAAAAGAAAAGAUGAAAUUCCUAAAAGAAUCGACCAGGAAACGUCGUGACGACAAGAUGGACAUUGAAGAAAAGAUGAGAAAACGAGAAAUGUUAAAACAAUUGGCAGGUGACAUUGCCUUAUCUAUGGGAAUUUCCAGAUCUCACUCAAAACUCUCUUUCAACCGUAUCUCAUCUUCCACUCCAACUUCACCAACCACUCCAGGAACACCUCUCUCUCCUGAAUCUGAUUCUGAUCAAGAAAAAGAAGGAAAAAGUGGUCGAUUGAGAAAAAAGUUUUCCAAUUUGAAACAAAAAUUCAAAAAAACUCCAUCCGUUGCCACCAAUGCUUCUUCUCAACCACAACAGCAACAACAAUUUUCGAAUAGUUCCUCAUCCUCAAGUCAAAUGACAAAUUCAGAAUCAUUUGUGAAUUCUGAAAAUGAAAAAUCAACAAAUACUCCCUCUCGAAGAGAAAAAUGGAAAGCGAAAAUUUUACAAAGUAUUCAUGACGAAUUGCUGUAUCCUCAUGAAUGGUUUAUUCCUUCAUCUUCUCAUCUUAAAACUAUUGAAAAGGAAUUGAAAAAGUUUUAUGACAGAGGAGAAACAAAAUUGACAUUAAUUUUUAAGACGAAUCCAGCAGAACAAAAUGCUCCACAAGUGUCACUUUUGGGAAGUAAUAUUGCAAAGGUUGCUGGAGCGACAAAGACCAAUAAACCUGUGAAACAACAAAUUGCAAUUGGAAGACUCUAUUUAUGGAAUGAACAUGAUAAGAUUGUUGUCUCUGACAUUGAUGGAACCAUUACAAAGAGUGACGUUGGUGGACAAGUGGCAUGUCGAGUUGGAAAAGAUUAUGUCCACAAAGAUAUUUGUCAAACCUAUGUUGAAAUUUCAAAGAGAGGUUACAAAAUGUUAUAUUUAACAGCACGUCCAAUUACAAUGAGUUCAACCACUCGGCAUUUUAUUGAACGUUUAAGACAAGUGACAAGUAAUGGAAAAAUUGUGAAUUUACCUGAAGGUCCUGUCUUUACUGCUUAUAAUAGUGGAACCAAUGCUUUAUUGAGAGAAGUGAUUUUAAAACGUCCUGAUACUUUUAAAGUUUACAUGUUGGACAUUAUUUUGAAAACAUUUGUACCUGAAUUGAAUGAGUUGAAUGCUGAACAACGACAAGAAGUACUCAAAACAAAAACACCAUUCUUCUCAGGAUUUGGCAAUCGUAUUACGGAUGAUAUUUCAAUGGCUCAAUUAGGAAUUGCACUUGAAAGAAUUUUCAGAAUUAAUCCAGCUGGAAAAAUUAUCGUUGAAAAAACCAAUCAAUGUUUCCAAUUUCAUACAGAAUUACUUCCUUCACUGGAUUCAUGGUUUCAACAACUCAAAGUUCAUAAUCCUAACCAGAAACAUUAA